UUCUGAACAGAGAAAUAGCUUUCUAGUUGACAGCACAGAAUAAUAACAACAAGUCUCGAAUGGAGUCUCUUCCCUGUGUCGCAGGAUAAAGUGCUCGGUGAGCAACUGAGAUUUUUAAGAUUGAGAGACGGGUUUGGUUUGCCUACAACAGAGAUCGGUUCCACCCAGUACACAGGAGAAAUCGAAGAAAAAAGCCAAGGAAGUGGCCAGAUGGAGAAUUCAAGUCUCUCACAAGGAUAGUGUACUUCAAAGAUUUGCCGGAGAGGAUGCAGCUCUUCGCCAGAGCAAGGAUCAUUUGGACACAGAGAGCCCAUGUGACUCUAGGCCAAGAUAACUGCUGGAUACUCAGAAGACGAGAAAAAGCCUGUGCAUCCUGUGCACCACUGACUUUGACAGACAGCAGAGGAAAGAAGUAGCGCACUUAAGCUGGGUCAAUUUAUUUCAGGAGUUCAACAGCCAAGAUACUUGUACUAACUCUCAUAGGGAAAAACAAAAAGCAUGAAUUUCCUAUCAGCCUUUGUGACAUUUGAGAACCUCCAUGAGGUUCGGAGAUUGUUCCACUGGGGUCCAAUCAUAGCUCUGUCUGUCAUUGCUAUAUGCUCAACCAUGGCAAUUCUAGACUCCAUUAUCUGGUAUUGGCCAUUAGACACUACAGGGGGUAGUAUUAACUUCAUCAUGCUCAUCAACUGGACUGUCCUCAUCCUCUACAACUACUUCAAUGCUAUGUUUGUUGGACCUGGAUACAUUCCACUUGGCUGGAAACCAGAGAGUCAUCAGGAUACCCAGUUCCUGCAAUACUGCAGAGUCUGCCAAGGUUACAAAGCUCCUAGAUCCCACCACUGUCGAAAGUGUAACAGGUGUGUGAUGAAGAUGGACCACCACUGCCCCUGGAUCAACAACUGCUGCGGCCACUUGAACCACGCCUACUUUACCAGCUUCCUGCUGCUGGCUCCAUUGGGAUGCUCACACGCCGCCAUUAUCUUCAUUAUGACUAUGUACACACAGCUGUAUGAGAGGAUAUCAUUUGGCUGGAGUACUGUAAAGAUUGACAUGAGUGCUAUUCGUCAAUUCCAGCCACUCAUGCCCUUCAGUGUGCCCGCCUUUGCUGCCACACUCUUUGCCUUAGGCUUGGCCCUGGGCACCACCAUUGCAGUUGGCAUGCUUUUCUUCAUUCAGAUGAAAGUUAUCCUCCGAAAUAAGACCUCGAUCGAGUCAUGGAUUGAGGAAAAGGCCAAAGACAGAAUACAGCACUACCAAACAGGGGAGGAGUUCAUCUUCCCUUACGACCUCGGCAGCCGCUGGCUCAAUUUCAAACAAGUCUUCACAUGGUCAGGGACACCCAAGGGGGGCGGCCUUGAAUGGCCAGUUCAUCCCAAGUGUCACCAGCACACCUUGACUAUUGAGCAGCUGAAGCAGAAGGCUGAUAAACGAGUGAGAAGUCAGGUCCAGUACCAGGCAGUGGAGAAUUACAGUGGAGCUUGCUGCCCUCUCAACAAGGGUCUCCAAACCUUUUUUAGAACCCCCUGUACAGAGGAGCCCAGGAUCCCCCUCAGUAAGGGGGACACCAUCCUGGCCACCCGUGGCACCAAAUGGUGGAUGUAUGGAGACAAAGUUUUGAGCGACAACGAGGUGAAAGCUGGUGAACGUGUACGGGGCUGGUUUCCAAGGCGAUGCGUGGAGAAGUGCCAUUAUGACACAGCUGCCAGUGAUAGCACUAGCGAUAAGAAAGUAAAUUAAUACAUGUUAGCAGGUUUUAUGGAGGGCAGAAGAGUUUAACAAAACAGAAUGUGUCUGUGGAUCUUAAUAAAUGUACAUCCACUGAAGAUGUCUCGCCUGAUGCUGCAGGCUUAUCUUGAAUUUUAUUCUUUCAUUUAACAUUCUCACACAUAAAUACCAACAUACAUUCGUAAGUUAUGACAAAGUCUUAUUGAGCACUUUGCAGUCAGAUGUCUCGAAGACGGCAACAGAGUUGGAGAGGAUUCAGUUUGUUUCUUCUGACCAAAAACAACCCAUCAAGAGUCUUAAUUUUCAGAAAUUGCCAACAGGCUUUAAUGUGGCUUCAUUGUAAUUACUGGACUUUUUACUUGAAUUUGUUGCUUUACCGUUGUUGAUUAUAUAUUUUUUUUAUUUUUUUUUUAAUUAUGCAAUGCCUCUGCCCAGCUAACCCCAGGGCUUCAUCAUGCAACUCUUUCUACAGUUUGGAGAUAACGCUUCAUUUAUUUUUUAUUUUUGUAAAAAGAAAUUGUUGGCCUCAAAGUAUAAAUUGAAAAUUAAAAAGAA